AGCUCGAGUCCCAGCUUUGUGAGCGUUUCAAUAACUUGUUCAAACUCACCGUCACAGCUCUUUAACAGUGUGUGUGUGCGUCGUGUGGAACAGGCGAUGACAAGUUCAGGGUUGAACAAAUCACGUGUUCGGACAAGCUUUCUGAAUGACUCAGAGGUGUCUCAAAUGGAAAAAGAACACAAUUAUAUCAUUACCAACUGAACUCAGCGACGCGAACUUCACUUCGUUCUUAACAUCUGCACAGAGCUGCGUUUAAGCUGAAAUCCAGCCUGGACUAAAAGGAAGUUGACCAAUGGCACGCCCCAAGAAAGGAAGUAGCUGUGCAGUGCCCACGCAGUCCUCUCCAAAGAAGGGCUCUCCGGCACCAGCAACCAAACCAUGCAGCCCAGGAGCCUCGUCCUCCAGAGUCCAGAAAGAACCAAAGAGACCAGCCCCGAGACCGCGGACUUCCUCCACCGAGCCCCAGGGAGCACAGGCCAGCCGCACGCCAGCCAGAUCCAGGUCAGUCCCACCACAACCUGGGAGGCCACCAGUGAGUGACGUCAAGACGCCAGCCUCUGGUCCACCGCUGGGUAGAGCUGUGCAGGACAGAAGCAGAGCUGCCAGUGCUUCUCAGAAUCAAUCCAGCUAUGCCAGGAGAGCCACCACCAGAAGAUCUGAAUCAGAAUCGGAGGGGACAUCUAGAUACGCCAGGAACAGAACCGAUGAAACUAGGAGAGGGGGCGACGGUACAGCCCAGAGUAAACCUGCAAAGACCAGCACCAAGCAAACCUCCCCUCAAACAAGCAGAGCCCGCUCUCCCCCUGUGCCCCAGGGCGCCAUGGGCAAGAUCGACCAGGAGAAGUUGGCAGCCAUUGAGGUAGAAACCAGGGGCCAGCGGGAGAACCCAGAGUGGUUCAAGCAGCGCAGGAACCGCAUCACGGCCUCCGCCGCCCAUAAGAUUGCAAACUGCCGCUUUGUGAACGGGCGCAGCCAGGAGGUACCCCAGUCCUACCUGCGCUCUGUGGUGAGCUCGGGUUCCAGCGUCAAGACGGCAGCCAUGACCUGGGGCAUCGAGCACGAGCUGGCUGCCGCUCUCCGCUACCAGGAGCUGAAGUCCAGGGCGCUGGGGAGGAAGGUGCUUGUCCAGGACUGCGGCCUCUUCAUCCACCCUGACAAGCAUUGGCUGGCUGCCAGCCCCGACGGGGUUGUGGUCGAUGCUCACACUGGGGAGAUGCUGGGCUCCCUGGAGAUCAAGUGCCCUUUCAAGCACAGGGACAGCACCAUCAAGAAGGCCUGCGAGGACAAGACCUUCUGCCUGCAGCGAGAGCCGGGGGGCGCCUACAGCUUGAAGAGGAGCCACGCCUACUACACCCAGGUGCAGUGCCAGCUGGCCGUGUUGGGGCUCCGCAGGGCAGACUUCGUGGUCUACACCUCCAGAGACAUGGCCAUCACUCCGGUGGACUUCGACCCGGAGUUCUGGGACCGCACUGAAGACAAGCUGGAGAAGUUCUACACCAGCGCUGUUCAGCCUUUCCUGGCGCAACAGAACCCUGCUCUGUCCAGAGAGGAGUAGAUGCAAGGCUUCGCACAACGCAGCCAAACCAGGAGCUUCUGGAUAUCCCUGGAAAGCCACUAACACACACAAGCCAGGCGAUGCAGAUGCUGGGCCAGUCUAGAACACAUAGGAUGGGGCGGCGUGGGACUGCAGAAAGCAGGUUCCAAGAGUUAGUUAGCUUGCUGUGUCAGAAAGAUAGGGAAUAUUACUGCAUAGAGAUCCACUAAAGUCAUAUGAUAGCGUGAGCACUGCAAGACUGAAUGCAAAACCCUGAGCCAGCAAACCAGAGACUCUGCUUCCCUUAGAGCCACUCCAGUACAGCUUGACCUGGAAGAAACACCCCAUCUACAAGGCCAGCCUGAAUAUACAGUUGAGAAGGAAUUACUCAGGGGCAGACUUCAACCUUCCUUCCCCUGCCCCCCAUGAAGUUCUUUGCAUGCUUUCUGUAUUUCUGGGUGUGCAGUUUUGAUAAUCACACUACUAUACCAGUCAGUAGUGCUGUCAUUAAAGCUUCCAUUUACCGUGUAUACAACAGUACAGGGGCUUCCCUGGCCUUUAUAUCAUUGAAGUACAAAAAAGAUCUUUGUAAAAUAAAAAUAACGUUGUUUCAGCAACUCAGUCUUUGAGUGUCAUACACCACUACAUGUCACACAGAAAACAAGUUCUCAUCUAAGAUUUUAUGAAUUAAAAUAGAAUAGAUAAAAACAGAACCAUUAACUGCCAGGGGUACUCGAGCACCAGACAGCACUGCCCUUGAGAGAUUUCAGAGUGCUCUGUGAUGAGAGAAUUCAUCACGACGAGGCAGUGCCCAUACAGUGUGAUUGAUUUCAUUUCCUGGAGCUGUGCAUUGCACCAUCCUCAAAAUCCACUGCCAUGCCACCUUAACACAGCACUUUCCAAUCCAAGAGAGCGAAAUGACACCACCACCACUAAUAAUGAUAAUAAUAAUAAUAAUAAUAUACUAUGCAUGUUGAAAUGAGUACAAGUGUAGAACUUGCAAAGCUGUACCAUGCCUGCCUUUUUUGAAAAUAAAAUAAAAACUUAUUUCAUUAUAA